AUGCGGCCGCGAGAGGCUCCGCCUGCCGCCCCUCCUGUCGUGGAGCCCCUUCUCCCCGCCCCCUCCCAGGCUCCGGUGUGCGGAAAGCCCAAGGUGGUGGGAAAGGUCUUUGGUGGCCAGGACGUGGUGGCUGGCCAGUGGCCGUGGCAGGCCAGCCUGCUCUACCAUGGCUGGCACUUCUGCGGAGCUGUCCUCAUUGACACCCAGUGGGUAGUUUCAACAGCUCACUGCUUUCUCAACAAAUCCCAUGCCCCGGAGAACUACCAGGUUCUGUUGGGAAACACGCAACUGUACCAACAAACCCAGCACACCCGGAAGAUGCCUGUGAAUAGGAUUAUCAUCCACCCAGACUUUGAGAAGUUUCACCCCUUUGGGAGUGACAUUGUCAUGUUGCAACUGUACCUGCCUGUGAACUUCACUUCCCACAUCAUCCCUGCCUGUCUUCCAAACCCUGAUAUACUGCUGCCCAGUUACACAUCCUGUUGGAUAACUGGCUGGGGAAUGCUCACCGAGGACAUACAGCUGCUUCCACCCUUCCAUCUCCAGGAGGGCAAGGUGGGCCUCAUUGAGAACAAAUUCUGUAAUCUCUUAUAUGGACAAAGGACUUCUGGAAGCAAGAACUACUCUGUGCAUGAGGAGAUGUUGUGUGCUGGGGACUUCUCGACAGGAAAGGCCAUUUGUCAAGGUGAUUCGGGGGGACCGCUCAUCUGUCAGCUCAUCAGUACUUGGGUUCUGGUGGGAUUGGCCAGUUGGGGUUUUGACUGCCGGCAUCCCAUCUACCCCAGCAUCUUCACCAGUGUCACCUACUUUGCCAACUGGAUUGAUGGAAUCAAAAGGGUCACACCUCUUCCUGAUCCCAAUUUUGCUCCUACUCAGACCCAACUUCAACGCCAGCUUCUAGCCGCUGCCUGCUUGCCUAGGCCCUGCAUAGGCCUUAUGCCUCCACAGAACUUGUUCUUGCUGCUAUGUAUCCUGAAGGCCCUGUGGCAGACCCUGUGGUGA